AAAAUGCGUUCAAUAGUUGUAUCGGUUUUGUUGCUAACAUUCAUUGCUUUGGUUUUGUCUGACAAUGAUUUGGAUUAUUCAAAGACAUUGAAAAAAGUCUAUGACUUUGAAGAGGGUCAUAUGAUUGCCAAUAGGACUGGUAUUAAAUCCAAUGACUGUUAUAUAUGUUCGUCUCCCUGUUCAAUGAUCUACUGUUGCAGUGGUCCCUAUCCUCAGUGUUGUCUAAUUGGUGGCAAAUGUUAUUGUUGUAGUCCUGGUCGUACAUUAAUAUCAUCAUCAUCUGAUGGUCAAACCAGAUCGGCUAAAAAAAUUGUGUUACAUUCAGACUAUGGCGGAUCAAGUCUGGUAAUUGUCAACGAUAUAGCACUGGUAGAAUUGGACAAACCGUUUACAUUGGACAAAUCAAUUCGGCCAAUUAAAUUGAACGAUGGCAACCGGGGUCCUAUACGACCUGAUACCUGGUCAGUGAUUACCGGUUGGGGUUAUCUGACGCCUGUGUCGGCUGAACCAUCUGAACAGUUACAACAGCUGGACGUCAGGACUACUAGUUUGGAUAAAUGCAAACAUAUUUAUCCAAAUCUGAAACUAUCCGAUAAUAAUCUGUGCACAACUAGUAGUGGCAGAACCGGUUCAUGUCGUGGUGAUUCAGGCGGUCCAUUGGUGCUUAGUGGCCAGCAAAUAGGUGUGCUAUCUACCGGUCCCCGUCCCUGCGGUAACGGUAAUCCUGAUAUCUAUAUGAAUGUUGCCGUCUAUCGCAAAUGGAUCAAAAAUAUUUCAGGUGUAUAA